UCUUCCUUCUCCAUAGUCAUAAUCAUUCCAAAAACCCUCUUUUCUGUAAAUGGCUGAGGCUUUGCUCGGAAUUGUAAUUAAAAACCUGCAAUCUUUUGGCCAAGACCAACUUGCAACGUUUUGGGGUGUUCACCGACAGACUCAAAAGCUUUCCAGCAAUCUCACCGCAAUUCGUGCUGUCCUCAGAGAUGCUGAGAGAAAACAAAUCACAAGUCAUGCUGUCAAAGAUUGGCUGCAGAAACUCACAGAUGCAGCAUAUGUGUUGGAUGAUAUCUUAGAUGAAUGUUCAAUUCACUCCACAAAAGUGAAUUUUGAUGAUGCACAUACUUCAUGCCUAUCCCGUCUCCAUCCUAAUGACAUUCUCUUUCGUUUCAAUAUUGGCAAGAGGAUGAAAGACAUCACCCGAAGAUUUCAUGACAUUCACGAAGAAAGGAGCAUGUUUAAUUUAGAACCCGGUGUCACAGAGGUCCAAACAAUCCAUGAUAAUUGGCGCCAAACUAGCUCUGACAUUACAGAACCUGUAAUUUAUGGCAGAGACCAGGAUCGAGAGCAAAUUGUGAAGUUUCUUCUGGAAGACGCUAGUAACAGUGAAGAGGUCUCUAUCUUUCCCAUAGUUGGUAUGGGUGGACUUGGAAAAACAACAUUAACCAAGAAGGUUUUCAAUGAUCACAGGAUACGCAAACAUUUUGAAUUGACAAUUUGGGUUUGUGUUUCUGAUGAUUUCAACACCAUGACAAUACUACAAUCCAUCAUAGAAUGCAUCGCCGGACAAAAUCCCAAUAUCAAUAGCUUAGAAGCAAUGCGGAAAAAGGUUGAAGACGUGUUGCAUGGGAAGAGGUAUUUACUUGUUCUUGAUGAUGUGUGGAAUGAAGACCCAGAGAAAUGGGAGCAGUUGAAGGGAAAGUUGCAGUGCGCAAGGGCAGCAAAAGGAGCUACCAUUUUAGUCACUACUCGACUCGAGGAAGUUGCUUCCACCAUGCAGACGCAUCCUGCUUACCGUUUGAAAGAAUUGCCAGGAGACGAAAGUUGGUCAUUGUUCAAACACCAUGCGUUUGGACCAAACAGAGAAGAAACGGAAGAACUCGUGUCAAUUGGCAAAGAGAUAGUGACAAAAUGCGUGGGUUCGCCGCUUGCAAUAAAAACAUUGGGAAGCCUAUUACGUGAUGAAAGUGACGUAAAACAAUGGCAGAAUGUAAGGGAAAGUGAGAUUUGGGAUAUACGGGAGGAAAGUAGUUCUGCGACAGGUGAGGAAAAUUCUAUCAUGCGUGCUUUGAAAUUAAGCUAUUUUAAUUUGGACUUGUCAUUGCGGAGAUGCUUUUCUUUUUGUGCAAUUUUCCCCAAAGAUUUUGAAAUAGACAAGGAAGAACUUAUUCAUCUCUGGAUGGCUAAUGGAUUUAUUAAAUGUGAAGGAAAUGUAGAAGUGGAGGAUGUUGGAAAUAAAGUGUGGAAAAAAUUAUACAGUAGAUCAUUUUUUCAAGAAGCUAAGUAUGAUGAAUUUGGUAUGAUCACAACUUUCAAGAUCCAUGAUCUAUUUCAUGAUCUUGCCCAGUCUAUUAUGGGUGAGGAAUGUGUGGUUAUUGUGAAAGGAAGGUUGACUCCGUUGUCAAGUAGAGUUCACUAUUUAUCUUCUUAUGCUUAUGUUCGAGGAUUCAAGUAUGCUUUCAAGAAAGUUGAAUCCCUGCGGACUUCUAUUGGUACUUAUUGCGUGGUGCCAUCAAACCAUUCUCUCCGAGCAUUAUGCACAAGCUCUUCUUUGUUGUCCCCACUCAAGGAUUUAACACGUUUGAGAUAUUUGAGUCUGACUUGUUAUUCUAAAGCAAACUUAAAUAACUUUAUUUGUCAAAUGCCGAAAUUGCAAAUUUUGAAAUUGCAAAAUUCAGCAUGUCUUCAUGGACUGCCCAAAAACUUGACGCAAUUACAAGAUCUAAGACAUAUUGUGAUGGAUUAUUGUAAUUCAGUAGUAGAGACGCUUCCCAAAAUUAGCAAGUUAAGGCAUCUAAGAACACUAAGCAUUUUCGUGGUGGGUUCAAAGCCAGGGUGUGGCUUAGCAGAGUUGCAUAGCUUAAAUCUGGGGGGCAGGCUAAGAAUCAGAGGCCUUGAGAACGUCCCCAAUGAAUGGGAUGCUAAACAAGCAAAUUUGAUUGGUAAGAAGGACUUGAAUAUCCUGCAGUUGUCAUGGGAUGGUAAUGCUAAUCCAAAAGGUAGUAAUGUAAGUGUGGAGAGAGUACUGGAAGCCCUAGAACCACCUUCAACUCUGAAGAGUUUUGAAAUGAAUGGUUAUCAGGGAAGGCAUUUAUCGAGUUGGAUGAGAAAUAAUUCAGUUUUGAGAGACUUGGUGAAAGUUACACUCUCCGACUUUGACAACUGUGAGGAGCUUUUCCCACUUGGUAAACUAGCACACUUGAAAAGGCUAAACGUGAGUGAAAUGAAAAAUGUGAAGUGGAUAGAUGGUGAGACGUAUGACGGCGUGGAGGAGAAGGCAUUUCCAUCGUUGGAGAAACUGAUUGUUGAUAAUUUACCAAAUUUGGAGAGGUUGUUGAGGGAUGAAGGAGUAGAGAUGCUCCCUCGUCUUUCCCAAUUAACAAUUGAAGGUGUGUUGAACUUUAAAGUCCCACGUCUUCCUUGUGUUGAGGAACUUAGUGUUGAAAGGAUUGGCGAAGCGGCUUCCUUCAUGGAAGUUGUGGGGAAUAUGGCUUGUCUAAAGACCUUGAGCAUUAUUGGCGUUAAAGGAGUGGUGGUAUUACCCGUCGAAUUCAGCAGGUUGGGUGCACUACAGACACUAUUCAUUGCAAACUGGUAUGACGUGGAGUAUUUUCCAGAACACGUGCUAGAAGGUCUAACUUCUCUUCGAAUUUUGGACAUUUCUAACUGUAAGAAAUUGAAAUCGUUGUCUGAAGGUGUGCGACAUUUGGCUCGUCUUGAGAGGUUGAUGAUCAGUGGUUGUCCAGCGCUGGUGGCUCUACCAAGCAAUAUGAGUCAACUAUCUGCCCUGCGGUACGUUUUAAUUGAAUAUUGCUUCACAUUACCAGAUGGCUUACAACGUGUCCCCUCCCUACGAGUUUUAUAUAUAUACGAAUGCACGUGUACUUCAUUGCCGGACUGGCUGGGAGACAUGACUACUCUUGAAGAAUUAAGAAUUCAUUGCUGUUGGGAGUUGAGGUCACUGCCGAGUAGCAUUCAACGCCUCACCAACUUGUCUCGUUUAAAUAUACGCGAAUGUCCUCAUCUGAAAAAGCGAUGCAAGAGGGAAACAGGAGAGGAUUGGCAAUACAUAAAGCAUAUUCCAAAAAUAGAACUAUAUUUCUGGAGGGAACCGACAGUUUUGUGAUGAAUUCAAGAGUAUUUUGUUUACUUCUCCCCGUAAUGUGUCACUCUGUCUUUGAAAAUUUUGUGUAGCCUUUUUCGCGUUAU